AGAAGCCCGAGCCAGGUUUGUUGUUGGGGAAUCUGCCGUGAUAACCACCACUCUCUACGCGUGGCAAGCAAAAAUAAGAGAGAGAGCGUGGGGCCGUUUGUAAAAUAAUUAAAGGCCUGCAUACCUUUUGACUGGAAGGCGGAGUGAGCAGUAGCCCAGCCCUCGGUGUAACGAAGGCACAGCAGCAGAGCCCACAGAGAGAGAGAGACCAGCCGACAGAAGCAUGGAGAACACAGAGCAGGUGAAGCAAGAGAAACCGGCCGAGCAGACCAACAACACCCCGGAGAACGUCAAGCAGGCUGAGGCGCCAGAGAAAUCGCCCCCCACCAACCCCGAGAAUGCAGAGCAGGUGCAGAGAGCCAAGCUGGCCGAGCAGGCCGAGAGGUACGAUGACAUGGCCGCUGCUAUGAAAAAGGUGACCGAGCAAGGCUCCGGGCUCAGCAUCGAGGAGAGGAACCUGCUGUCGGUUGCUUACAAGAAUGUCGUGGGCGCCCGCCGCUCGGCGUGGAGGGUUAUCUCCAGCAUCGAGCAGAAAAACGACAGCGACGAGAAGAAAUUGCAGCUGAUCAAAAGCUACCGGGAGAAAGUAGAGGGGGAGCUCCGUGAAAUCUGCGGCGACGUCUUGGGAUUGUUGGACAUUUACUUGGUUCCCAAUACCACCUGCUCAGAGAGCAAAGUCUUCUACUUGAAAAUGAAGGGCGAUUACUAUCGGUACCUCGCUGAAGUUGCUUCUGGAGAAGACCGAAAACAAACGAUAGAAAACUCGCAGACAGCGUAUCAGGCAGCUUUUGACAUCAGCCGUGAUGGUCUGCCAUCAACACAUCCAAUCUGUUUGGGUCUUGCUCUUAAUUUCUCUGUGUUUUACUAUGAAAUUCUCAACUGUCCAGAACGUGCCUGUAAGCUGGCAAAAGAUGCAUUUGAGAAGGCUAUUCAUGAGCUGGAUAUUCUUCAAGAUGAUAACUACAAAGACAGUACCCUCAUUAUGCAGUUGCUAAGAGACAAUCUUACAUUAUGGUCAAGUGAGAGUGCACAAGAUGAGAGUGAACCUGCUGCAGCCGAGCCUGGAGAAAAUUAAAUGCACACAGGGUCUAAUCCCCAAAGUUUUUACACAUCUCCAUUCCUUACUGCUCCACUCAAAAAUUCCUCUUGCAACAAACUUGUCAGUGCUGUACUGAUUAUGUAUGGAAAGUCCCUAAUUUAGUCUUUAUAUAUAUACACACACACAAACGCCAUUGCUUUAAAAGAAGUCAAUCCCUUGAGUUGUGUUGAUGGUUGUCUGCCUUCCUGGUAUGCAGUUACUGCUGUAGAAGAGUAUAUAGUUUUAACUUUAUAAUGUGAGUAACCUCCAAAUAAAAUAGAGGACAGAAUGUUUAAUAUUUCAACUAUUUGCAACGUUUGUAUUGUGAUCAUAAUUAAUAGAAAUUUGCUGCACUUGGACAUAAUUGGGUUUUACUCUAAUACAUCUUUUUGCUUGCUUCCCAUAUUCCAACCAUCUUUCUGUAUUCACCAGGUUAUAGUUCUGCAGGAGUUGCCUUGUGCAUUGAGUACUCUUUCACUCUCCUUGAUAUACAACUAUCAUUAAUUGAAAACCGGUGUAGUUAAAGCAAAACGUAUAAUGCACACGUCAUUAAUCUGUAGGAAGACUGAUCUUAUAUAAUUGUCACUUUGUGCAAAUACAUAUAAUACUGAAGACAUUUAAAAAUACAAUCAGGUUUUGAAAAAUGUACCUUGUGAUUUUGGAAUUUUGUGGAUUGUCACCUUUAAAAAAAAAUAAAUAAUAAUAAUAAUAAUAAUAAUAAUUGUACACUUGUCCAUGUCUAUAGGAUAUUCACUUCACUGUACUGUUACAGCACAUUUCUGCUCAAGUUUGGAAUUAUGCUUGUAAAUGAUUAAGUCACAUGCAUGACAUUCGAUACACUGGAAUGGGAAACAUAACUUUGGAUUGUGCCCAAUAUUUUUUAAAGCAUUAUUUCUUUGCAGGUUUGUGCAAAUGUAGGGAAUUUUCAGUGAGAUUUGGACCAGUAUAAUUGUUAGUCAUUUUAUCAUAAUGCCCAAAGGCUCUGUGAAAAUGUUAAUGCCCAAUGUAACACAAAAUAAAUGACAUUUUAUAGACCAUU